CUAGUUGCUGUCCCUACACUAGGAUUAAGAAACUCUCCUCUCUCUAUGCUUUAGCGCUCAACCGCCCUCCCUUUUCCUCCUUCUUCUCCCGCAGUGCGUUAACCGGCACAUCCCUACACGAGAGGCAUAAAUGCGCUCAACACCCCACCAGCCAAUCAAGAGCCGGUUAACGCACUGCGGGGAGAGAGAGAGCGAGAGCACUAAGCAUAGAGAGAGGAGUUUCCUGAUCCUAGUGUGGGAGCAGCAACUAGUGACAGCCUUUGUUUGGUAAGAGCCAGAAGCUCAGAGCUAACCCUGUUUUAUGAGAGUGGACCGUACAGAGGACAUUACAACCCUCCCUUGAUUUAGCUUCAAGGGAAGGAGCUUGGUCAUCAAGUCAAGUGAGGGUAUUAGGGAUGGUGCAGACUCGACAAACCGGCUUCGUUGUUAACACUUGGGGGUGUGCAGAGGAGAGUCCUUGGGAUUAAGGGCUGGAGGAAGGCUUUCGGCUGGCUGGUGGUAAUCUUUACAGAGAACAAGGAGAGGCUGAUGUGACCACAGAGUACACCAAUGGCUUCUCCACCCCCCCCACCCCCUCCAACCUCAGUGCCUAUGUCCAACAUGGCCUCUAAGAUGGAGGAGGAAGAGGAAGGUAUGAAGUUUGACUUUGACAACAGUGAUGAAGAGUGCAGUACGACACCAGCGAACUCUGUCUCUACCAUGGCCAAGGGCUUUGAAGCCACUGUGAUGGCGGGGCUUGCAUCAAAAAGGAACACAAUGGGCCCUAGUUCUGCCCAAGACCCAACAGUAAAGCCAAGGCUCAAUGGAUGGCCGUCUGUUGGAAAGGAGGACCAGAGCAUGCAUUCACUCCCUCAUUCCAAUAGCUCAGAGAUGGCUGGAAGAAGGUCUCCUGAGGGCCGCUCUGAGCUGGGACUGUCAGGAGACACAGAGGGCUCUGGGAGAAGAAAUAGCAUUUAUGAAGUUCAGGCACCGUAUGGAGCCACCUCAGCCAAGGAGUGGUUCAGUGUGGUCUCAGAGCUCACUCUGCGACUGCAUAAAGGGAAACCUCCCCCUAUUCCUGAUGUAGGAGGUCCAGGUGAUGCAGCAAGUCCUGAAAAUGAAAAUGUGUCUAGUCCAGAGGGCCUGCAAAGUCCAGAUGGUCUGGCCUGCACAGACAGCCCACCCAGCCCCACCAGUCCCGAUAACGUCAUGACCGAUCCAACCCUCCGCCAUGACAUGACCAACUCGACCAGCCCUGAUGACAUCAUCAUGACUAGUCCAGAGGCCAUCUUUAGGACCAGUCGUCCAGAGGUCAUCUAUGAUGACGUGCCCUGUGAGAGCCUCCUCUCUCCUCUGGAAGAUGACAUCUACGAGGACGUCCAGAGGCCAGAAAGCCAUCAUGGCACCAACAACGGCUGGAGCGACAGUGAGUUUGAGAGCUAUGAUGAGCAGUCAGACAGCGAGACCAAAAUACCCACUGUUGCCCGAAGCAGUAGUAAGCUUUCUCAGGACAUGUGGCGACUGAAAGAGCGCUGUGCCAAGACCAAGCAGGAUCUGGCCAUGCGCAGCUGUGACUUCAAGGUCCAGAUGCUGAUGAAAGCAGCGAGAAAUGGCACCAAGGACGGACUGGAAAAGACUAAGUUAGCUAUGAUGCGUAAAGUCUCUUUCCUGCAGAAAAAAGAAACCGCGGAGGAGAGUGAUGAUGACGCUGGUUAUCUGGACGUGAUGGUGUCUGAAGUGAAGCACCCACCGCCCCAGCUGAGCCCUAUGCCAAAGGGGCUUAGCACCCAACAGAUUAUCAGACGCCACAUCGUUGGUUCCAUUGUACAAAGUGAGAGGAGUUAUGUGGACUCUCUCAAGAGAAUCUUAGUGGAGUACCAGAAGCCCUUGCUUGAGCCAGAGGCCCGGAUCCUGAGCGAUAAGAAGGUGCGGCCCAUAUUUUACCGGCUGCGGGAGAUCCUGCAGUGCCACUCAAUGUUCCAAAUCGCCCUGGCAUCCCGUGUGGCCGAGUGGGACCUCAGUGAGAAGAUCGGAGACCUCUUUGUGGCCUCGUUUUCCAAGUCAAUGGUACUAGACGUGUACAGCGACUACGUCAACAACUUCACUAACGCUAUGGCGCUCAUCAAGAAAGCCUGCAUUUCCAAGCCAGCUUUCCUGGAGUUUCUCAAGAAGAAGCAAGUGUCAAGUCCUGACAGAAUCACUCUUUAUGGCCUUAUGGUUAAACCAAUCCAGCGCUUCCCUCAGUUCAUCCUGCUGCUACAGGACAUGCUGAAGAACACUCCCCGGGCCCACCCUGACCGCCUGCCCCUGCAGUUGGCCCUCACUGAGCUGGAGACGUUGGCCGAGAGGCUGAACGAGCAGAAACGAGUCGCUGACCAGGUCGCUGAAAUCCAGCAGCUGGCACGCAGCAUUGGUGACCGUCAACUGAGCAAGCUCUUGAACUCAGACCAGAGGCAGCUGAUACUGUGUGAGGUACUGAUUGAGACAGUGUACGGGGAGAAAGGACAGGUCCUUAAGUCCAAGGAGCGCAAAGUUUUCCUGCUGAACGACACCCUCAUCUGUGCAAACAUCAACGUCAAAUAUGAGAAUCACGGCAUUGAUAGUGUCAUAAAUGAACAAAGGGGUCCCCCUGAUAUCAGCAGUCUAGUUCCCAUUGGUCCUAAAUACACAGUGAAGUGGAGUGCCCCCUUGCUGCAGACGCAGGUAGUGGAGGUGGGACAGGAGAGCUUCCAGAGCAAAGAUACUGGGAAACGGCCAAACGUUGCUAAUGUUCCAGGUAAAGUGUUCCUGGGCCCUCCCAGACUGUACCAGGAGCUGGAGGAGCUACAACACGACCUGUAUGUGGUUGAAAACAUCACCCUGCUGGUGGGGACUUUACAAGGCACCUACCAGAACCUGAACACAACAGUAGGGCAGGACUGGUGCCUUGCACUGCAGAGGCUCAUCCACAUCAAAGAUGAACAGAUCCAGUGUGCCAACAAGUGCCGCCUGCGGCUGGCUGUGCCAGGCAAGCCUGACAAAUCUGGACGACCGGUCAGUUUCAUGGUGGUUUUCAACACUCCCAGUCCCCUCAGCAAGAUCUCCUGGGUCAACCGCCUACACCUCGCCAAGAUAGCCAAGAGGGAAGAGAACACGCCAGGCUGGGUGUUUGCAGAGGAUGAUGGGAAGACUAGACAUCCAUUUUGGUGUCCCCUGCUAGCCUGCCGACUUCCCAUCUUCUCCUCCAAAACACAAGACCAAAAGCUGGAGACUGCCCUUCACAACCCGGUCCAAUGUGCCCUGCUGGCAUUCUCUGCAGCCAGCACCUCUCUGCCGCAGGGCUACCUUUGGGUGGCCAGUGGAGGUGACCGCAACCAUGGUCAAGUGGAAAUCUUCUCUCUGAACCGCUCCAUGCCGCGCAUGGUCAAGUCCAUCCAGAUGGGGGCGCCAGUCCUGUGUCUGGAUCACGUGAUGGAGCCUUGUCCCACAGAGGAGGAAGGGGAAGGGGAGGCUGCUGUCAAGAGCACAGCCAGGACUGGCAACACCAUCUGUAUAGGCCUGCAGGAUGGCAACAUUCAUGUGUACGGUACCGUGGACACUUCGACCCAGUGCCUGCUGACCUUCUCCAACCCAGACAGUUGUCCAGUUCUGUGCCUGAAACACUCUGCCUCCUUCCUGUUCGCUGGGCUGGGGAAUGGAAAAGUGUCUGUUUAUGCUCGGAAGAGUGGAGAGGGGCUGUGGGACCCUGACUCGUGCAGGCUGGUGACUGUGGGCAGUGGCCCCAUCCGCACCCUCCUAACCCUAGAGAAUGCUGUGUGGGCCAGCUGUGCCAACCACGUCACCGUCAUCCAGGGCUCCAGCCUCCACACACAGAGUUUUGACGCGCACCCUGAGCCACUGGUCAGUGUGAGUCACAUGGUGCGGGCGGGGGGAGGGGUGUGGAUGGCCUUCUCCGAGGGCUCAUCCAUCCGCCUGUUCCACACGGAGACACUGGAGCACCUGCAGGAGAUCAACAUCUCCACACGCUCCACCUUCCUCAGCCCAGGGCAGCAGGGCAGCGUCCGGGUCACCAGCCUACUCAUUUGCCAGGGGCUGCUGUGGGUGGGCACUGCCCAGGGCAUCAUCGUCACCCUGCCCGUGCCCAAACUGGAGGGGAUCCCCAAAAUAACAGGUAAAGGGAUGACGUCUCUAAACGCUCACUGUGGCCCUGUGGAUUUCCUUGUGGUCACCUCCAGCACCCUGUCCCCAGACAUGCUCAAACGGGAUUCUGUCUGCGAGACUGCCGACCAGGCCAAUGGGGGAGCGGGAGGAGGAGAGGGUGGGGAGCGGAGGAAUGAAUUGUCCCAGGAGUCACUCUCACAACCUGACUGCUCCUCCCCUCAGGGAGAGCCCUCCAAGGCCAAGGGAAUGCUGCUUCAGUAUCGCCUCCGCUCAACCACCCAGCUGCCCGGCAAGCUGCUGACAGCCGAACCCGACCAGAGCCCAUGUGACGCCCCACCGGAGACCCCGGAGCACAGCCCUGAGGACGGCUCUAUCUAUGAGCUGAGCGAGGACCCUGAGGUAUGGGUACGGGGGCAGCCCCCGGCCAGGGAGGGGCGUGGGAAGGACAAGGUGACCUCGGCUGCCGUCUUCUCCGGAGGCAGGGGGUUCCGUCGACUUGGGGAGGAGACUAUAGCAGCCAAUGGGGACCCAGAUGAAAGUACGCUCAUGGUUUGGCAACUCCCACUAACAGUGAGUCCAUGAGGAUACAAGACUGUUUGGACGAGACGAGAGCUGGCUCCGCAGGCUCCUCCCACUCGCCUGAUGUAUUGCGUGCUCUAUGAAGAAGAGACUAUUAAACAAUAUAUAUUCAGGAUGACUAGACUGUCAUGAAGGGCUAUACAGGAUGGUACAUUCCUCUACCACCUUGGUGGUUGGAUUUCUGGAUUGAGUCUGAGGGAGUAGUGGUGUGCUGCAAACUGUGUUUGACAUGUUUCAGGACCUCACACACACUCCUCCCAGCAGAUGCUUCUUCAGUCUGGCAGAUCUAGACCAGGGGGUCUCGUCAAAUGGAAUUUGAGGAGGUUCACUCAACAUGAUUUUGCAUUUUGCACAUUCUUGAAAAAAGUAUAAUUGACAAGUGAUUGAAAAGUGACAGUUACGAAUGUUAGAUUUCGAUUUUCUUGUUGUCACUCUAAUUGACUCCUAUUGCCAGUGUAUCAUGUGUGUUGCUAACACAAAACAUGUUAAUGUUAAUGUUAGGGUGUAUGGGAGGAUGUUUAUAAAGUACUUCUAAACUCUUUACAC